GAGGCAAAUAAGAAAAGAGUAAAAAGAAAUAACAAGUUGAAAGAAAUUCAAAAAACCGGAUUCCCAACAACAACCACACAACAGGCAAAGAAGCAGCAUCAAAAGAGAAGAGGAAGAAGAAGAAGCAGCAUUAAAUUUGUUGUCGCGCACACACGCACUGGAAAGCCAGGAGAGUAGAGGAUCAUCAUUCCAGGCAGCUGCUUCUCUCGCUCUCUGGAAAAGUGCAAACAAGGAGAAGAUCGUCGUCAGUGGAAGAAUCGACAAUAUAAUCGACGUCAUAUCAAGCAGCAAAAUCAGCAUUAACGGCAACGGACCUCGCUAAUUGCAAUGUGUCAUAAUGUCAUAUUAAAGCUGAAUUCGAGCUUACAAUACUAGGUCAAAACUAUAAAACGGGAGUUGCAGCCUGGGCCAUAUAUAUCCAAUGUCCACAAUUUAAAUGAAACACCAGCAACAUCAGCAGCAGCAACAGCAGCAGCAACUUCAAACGGUCAGCUGCCCCAGAAAUUCACCGCCUUCGUGGCAAGCGACGUCCAUCAGCGCCUCUGGCUGAAAAAGUAGGAAAGCUCCAGCCAAAAGAAGGAAAUCAGCACACCACCACACCGCAGCUAUCAUGGCCCACUCCAAGGUGAUCCUGAAGGUCCUGUUCUCACUGUGCGUUUGGUCCUUCGUCAUCAUCGGGCUGUUCAAGAUGCACGGCACCAACCUGGUGCCGCAGGAAUACCAGCAGGUGCCGCUCAACGGACGCAUCCUGCUGCAGAAGGACAUGCGCUACGCGGAGACCACCUCCACGACGACGGACCACUUCGAUCCCAGCGAGAUUCUAGUGGACAAUCGCACAGCCAUGGACGAUGACCAGCUGGUCCGCGACGUGGAGUCCCGCAUCCCCUCACUGCCGAUCGCCUACUGGAGCAAGAACAAGAACUUUCUGCAGCAGAAGUCCUCCACGUGCGCCAAGUACCCCUCCAUUUUCGAGCUGGAGUUCAACAACAUAUACUGGCAGACGCUGCGCACCUCGAACGGAACGUUCCAGCUAUUCGGCGCGUACUACGACAUUCGGCGCACCUCGCUGCUUGGUCCCACGGUCCGGAUACUCGGGAUGAUCGACCGCAUCGAGCCGAAGGUGAAGACCUUCUGCCAGUUCUGGUUCGACGGCCAGAAGGAGCCGUUCAUCGUGAAGACGUUCGAGUACAAGUACAUCUGGUACAACAAGUGGGGCAACUACAAGCAGGGCAUCUACCAGCCGUACCUGAUCGCCUGCCAAAUCCCCAAGCCCUUCCACGGCGUGGUGCCCAGCUCGGUGUCGAUGGUCGAGAAGGAGUGCGACACGGCCACCAACAACCUGCGCGUCAUCUACAACCGACCGCCCGACGACCAGAAGAAGGGCUUCGCCGUCUGCGUCAAGGGACUGGACUUCCUCUACGACGACCUGAGUGUGCGCCUCAUCGAGUGGAUCGAGAUGCUCAACAUCCUGGGUGCCGACAAGAUUUACUUCUACAAUCUGCAGGUGCAUCCCAACAUCACGAAGGUUCUGAACCACUACGAGCAGGAGGGCAAGGUGCAGGUGAUUCCGCUGACACUGCCCGGGGGGCAGCCGAAUGUGCCCGGAUUCCAGCACCUCUACCUCACCAAGAAGACGAACCACAAGCGGCAGAACGAGGUUAUUCCGUACAACGACUGCCUGUACAAGAACCUCUACCUGUACGACUACAUCGCCCUGCUCGACAUCGACGAGGUGAUCAUGCCCAAGGGCGGGGCGGUCCUCUGGUCCGAGCUGAUGGACAAGGUGCGGCCGGAGUCGCGCAAGAUCAAGCCGGACGGCUUCCACAGCUACAACUUUCGCAACGUGUACUUCCUGGACGACCAGCAGCACGAGCACGGCUGGCACAAGGACAUCCCCAAGUACAUGCACAUGCUGCAGCAUGUGCACCGCGCCAAGAACUACACCAAACCCAAUCAGUAUGUGAAGUGCUUCCACGAUCCGGAGCGUGUGCUCACCUUGCACAAUCACUUCCCGCUGAGUUGCCUGGGCGGCGUGUGCAAGUCCUAUCCGGUGGACACGCAGGAUGCCCAGCUGCAGCACUACCGCGCCGACUGCGUGAAGACGCUGAAGAAGAGCUGCGAGGAGUACCGCGAGCACUCGGUGGAGGACAAGACCAUUUGGAAGUACAAGGACGAGCUGAUCCGACGCACCAUCAAGGCGCUGGACACGCUGGGCUUCUUCCGCCGCCAGGGCCUCAAUGCGGCGGCCUCCUCCUCCUCGGGUUCGGGCAGCAGCUCUAGCGGACUGGGCAACGGUGGCGCCACCACCCACUCGACGGAGCGGUGAUUCGCACUGCUCGGCGGGGGCAUUGGCGGAUGGUCCUGGCCUUGGCAAUUGGUUGAAGCAUCCGGCAACAGCCUCGGCAACGAGGAGUUCUUUGUGUGAGGCAUUCGCACUCCAAUUCCCAAUCGAAACCCGAAAGCCCGUACUCUCAUCCCUGAGUUUAUGCUGCGCAGAAGAGAGAGUUUAGAGUUUAGUUAGUAGGUCUAGAGUUCCCAUCCAAAAUCCAUACCAAAAGAAGCCCUGUUUUCGAUUCGAUUUCGAUGGAAUUAAAGUUUUGUAAGGGAGUAUACUCAUAAAAUUUGUUAUAACGCACUGUUUUAAUACCUUUUGGUUUGUGAAAUGAUUGAAUGAAUGUGUUUGAACCUAACUAUUUAGGUUAUACCAUUUUUAAAUCCCUUUUGGGUUAUAAAAUGAUUAAUCUUUUAAGUUUUACAUAUCCCCCAUCAUUACACACAAGUUUUUUAACUUGAUUUUCUAUAUACAUAUAACUUUUAGAUUUUGAAAUAAUUAACUUCUUCAGUUUUAGAUAUUACCCAAAGUUUUGAACCUGUUACCUUUAUACAAUUUGUAAUAUUGCAAUGUUUUUAUAUCUAUUCAAUUUUGAACUGCUUCAUUUUUUUAAGUGGUAGAUAUUUCCCAGCUUUAAAUUAAAGUUUUUUUUUGUAACAUACCUUUUAGAUUUUAAAAUGAAACAUUUUUUUUCCUUUUAGUUUACCCCGUCUAACUCCAUCGAUAUCGAAUAGUUCAACGGUGUUUAAUUGAGUAUGGCUAGUGUAUAGAAGAGGCGUUAGUUAGUUUGCGGAGUUAGGAGAGAACACUUUUGAAAUUGUGCCUUCGAACCUGGAUUGUAGUGAGUCCCGUCCCCCCUCCCCCCUGCCCUCUAAUUAUGUAUUUCCAUUCACAAGCGAAGACAAAAAAAGAAACAAAAAAGACACAAAAAAGACACAAGGUCACAACUUAAAAAAAAAACGAGACCCACAAAACAUAUUUGCCCUGAGUUCACAGCUGAAGAAGACACGAGCGCAGAAGUCGAGGGAAAAAUCAUAGGAAAGUGAAGGAAAAUGAAAAGGAAACCUAAACUAAGUUCAAGACUGAUGAUGUUUAUUAAGAAUUAUAAAAUCGAAAAAGGGGAUUUUCAGCGGAUUUUUGUUUUCACAUUCGGUUAGAAUCGAUAUUAAUGUUGUUGUAAAGGCAAGUAAAAUGGCCCCCUUAAAAUCGCAAGCGAAAAAUAUCACUAAUGCUAAGCAAAACAAAUAAAAAAAAAACAAAAACUUAAACUUAAAACUAAAACUAAAAACAAAGCAAAUUGACAAAGUUUGAGUUGUAAACUGUAAAUAGGAAAAUUGUUAACGACGACGAAGAAGAAGACGAGGCCCUAAGAAUAAAGCUAACUAUAUGCGGACUAGGCCGAUUUAAAUCGGAUAAACUAGCAGGAAAUGAAAAUGAAUAGGCGAGAACUAAGAGAAGCUGCUCAAUUCAAUCUUUUAUUUUGGUUUCUAACCAAGCAAUACCCGAUAACCAUGUGUUUUUUUAACUUGUACAUACACAUACACCAAUACGAAACUCUCACACACACAGACACACACACACAAAUACACCACGCACAUUUCCCUAUGUAUUUUAUUUUAUUCUAUUUUAUAUUAUUUCGUAAUAUUUGAAUUUUUGAUAGCAGCUUAGUCAAAUUGUUGUUGGAGUUAAGGAGAGUCGUGUACAGUUCGGGAAACUAUGCACCCACUUAAACUAUUCGAUAGUUGUACGACUAUACAUAAACACAAAUACAUAUACAUAUACAGAUACAAAUACAGAUACAGAUAUAAAGAUAUAGUUACAUACUUGAGUGUAUUAACGAUAGUUACUAGCUGAUAAGGACAAGCGUGUGAAGGAAACACAAUUUUCUUUCCUCAUUUUUUUUUGCGUAGUUAAUAAAACACAAUUGAUAUGAGAACAAAGUGAUUGAUGAAUAAAAUUUUCAACAAA